AUGGCCAUGUUACAUCUAGCUGUCGCUGAGGAUUUUCUGCUCAAUGCGCCGUGGUACUCCAGGCCAGCCUGGGCAAAAGCAACUAUCGCGAAACGCGUCGCUUUGCAAGAGCAAGCAGAUCGCGUCUAA